AUGUCGGAAAAAUGUCUGAUGAUGACUUCUCUAGCAUUCCUGGCAUGCCACCCGAGUUCCACCAUUAGAUGCUUUAAGCCAAGGCCGAGUGUGGUGGUUUCCCCAAAAAGGGAAAAGUCUGUUUCAUCAGAAGACUAUCAUCAAAACCCUAAACCCCAUGAAAGCUUGGAUUCCCAUGCAAAAAGGGUUUUCUCCCUUCCAAGGUUGAAAGAGAUCAACGUACCCUUUAAGCUCCUGGAAGAGGUUGUUGAAGGGGAGGCGUUAUUGGGCGUUGUGGAGGCGGUUUUUAGGACGGGAUGGAAGCGCAAUGGUGGUGGCUACACGAUCCGAAAAGUGUUCAGAGUGAACCAUGGAAGCGGAGUUUAUGAAAGGUUUGAAACGUACAGAAAGGCUGUGAAGGCAAAGGGGGUGUUGUGGGGUGAUGGGAAUGAGGUUUUGAGGUAUAGGGGCACGGCCAUUACGUGUUCGUUAGGGGUCAGUCAAUUCAUGGGCACCUGUAAUCGGAGAAGUUGUGGGGUUUGUAGGAUUAUUGGCCAUAAUAACAGCAAUAAUGCUGCAAUGGAUAUGAGGCCUGUGACACUGUCCAAGACUAGCUGGAGGGCUCACAGAAGAGCUGAGAAAUGUCGGGGCGGCCGAGAUGAUAGCAAGAGGGCCAUUGUUGUGUGCAGGGUGAUUGCAGGCCGAGUUGCUCGUUGCUGCAAUGGAAGUAUAGUGAAUGGGGAAGAAGAUAAUGGGGAGUUUGACUCUGUGGAGAACAUGGAUGGCUCUGAAAAGCUUGUGGUUUUGGACUCCAGGGCUAUAUUGCCAUGCUUUGUGGUUUUGUAUAAUGUCCAUUGA